GGUGCUUGGGUGGGUGGAGCUGUCCAUUCGUUUCCCCUCUUUAUCAUGGCAAUCAUUUUGCCCUUCUGUGGUCCUAAUGAAAUUGAUCAUUACUUUUGUGACAUUUUUCCUCUGUUGAAAGUUGCCUGUACUGAUACUUAUAUCACAGGUAUCUUAGUGAUUACCUUUUCAGGUAUCAUUUCCUUAGUUACCUUUGUUGUCUUAUUUCUUUCUUAUGGCAUUAUACUGUUCACUCUAAGAAAUCAAUCUGCUGAGGGAAGACGCAAAGCUCUCUCCACUUGUUGGUCUCAUAUCACUGUGGUUGCCUUAUUCUUUGUGCCUGUUAUCUUCAUCUACCUUAGACCUCCUACUACAUUUCCAGAGGACAAAAUAUUUGCAAUAUUUUACACCAUUGUUGCUCCUAUGUUCAAUCCUUUAAUCUAUACACUAAGAAAUGCAGAAAUGAAAAACACCAUGAAAAGACUUUGGUGUCAAACAUUACUUUUCAAAGGAAACACAUAA